AUGAAGGUCUUUCUCCUCGCAUGCCUUGUGGCACUUGCUCUUGCCAGAGAGAAGGAAGAACUCGUUGUCUUCAGUGAGUCUUCAGAAAGCAAUUCAAACAGCCAGGAAUUUAUUGGCGAUAUCAACAAGAAACUUGAGAAAGUCAAGCAGGUGGAGCAACAGCAAAGAGAGGCUGAACUCCAGGAUAAAAUCCACUCUAUUGUCCAGUCACAAUUUCCAGCCUAUCCCUUUACCAAUCCCAUCCCUUACACUGAACCACAAAACAUUCUGCCUGUUGCUCAGCCUGCUAUGGUGCCUCUUCCCCUGCCUGUCUCUGUCCAUAAACUCAUGGAAAUCCUCAAAGCUAAGGCCACCGCUAACCCUCUUAAGAGCAAACAGAUGUUUCCCUCUAAAUCUCAUACCAUUAGCCCCAGUCUGACUGAUCUCAGAACUCAGCAUCUUUCUCAGCUUCAGCUGCAGUCCCUGUUGCAACAGGAACCCCAAUCUCUCCUCCAACUCCAGUCCCUGAUGCAACAGGAACCCCUCUCUCUCCUCCAACUCCAGUCUCUGUUGCAACAGGAACCCCAAUCUCUCCUCCAACUCCAGUCCCUGAUGCAACAGGAAUCCCAAUCUCUCCUCCAACUCCAGUCCCUGAUGCAACAGGACCCCCAAUCUUUUGUUCAGACCCACGUGCCUCCUCUUCAGCUCCAAGAGCAACCUUUUCAGCCUGAAGUUCUCUCUCUUCUCCAGCAAGUGGCUACCUUGCCCCAGACAGAUAUGCCUGCCCUAGAUGAACUGGUAAACCAAUAUAUUCUCUUUGUGCUCGCCCACCAGUUCCCUGGAACUCAAUUACCGGAUUCACGUCAAAACCGAGUUAUUGUCUAA